UUCACCGCUAUGUCCAGGAGGGCAGGACGGCGAGCUCGGGCCACGCUGCUGCUGCGGGCGCUCUUCUUCCUGGGCGUCCUCGCCGGCCUGGCGCGGCCCCUGCCCGCCGCCGCCCGUGCCAACGGCACGCAGCUGGGCUCCCGGGGCUGGAGCGCCCUGCUGUCCAGGUCCCGCGGGGGGCUGGCCGGGGGGCUGGCCGGCGUGAGCUGGGAGAGCGGCUACCUGCUGGGGCUCAAGCGACAGCGGAGGCUGUACUGCAACGUGGGCAUCGGCUUCCACCUGCAGGUGGCCCCCGACGGCCGGAUCAGCGGGACCCACGAGGAGAACCCCUACAGCCUGCUGGAGAUUUCCACAGUGGAGCGAGGCGUGGUGAGUCUUUUUGGGGUGAGAAGCGCUCUCUUCGUGGCCAUGAGCAGCAGAGGAAGGCUGUACAGCACGCCCAGCUUCCAGGAGGAAUGCAAGUUCCGAGAGACGCUGCUGCCCAACAACUACAACGCCUAUGAGUCCGACCUGCACCGGGGGGCCUACAUCGCGCUCAGCAAAUACGGACGCGUCAAGCGCGGCAGCAAGGUGUCGGCGGCCAUGACGGUCACUCACUUCCUCCCCAGGAUAUAA